UUCAAGCGGAUCACACUACUCUUAUUUAUUGUACAAUUCAACUUUAAUAAUAAUAAUAAUAAUAAUAAUAAUAAUAAUAAUAAAAUACAACUUAUAUUGUGUUUAGAAUUACAUUUAGAUUUAUUGAUAUUUGAGCUUUUCAUCAUGAUUUACAGCAGGGAUCCAUUGGAAAUCAAUGGCAGCGAGCUGGUUCACAUCCUGAGCACCUCCUGCAGGGAGCAGUGCUCCUCUGCUGCAGGCUGGGUGUUGCUGGACUGCAGACCUUUCCUGGACUUUUCUCUGGCGCGCAUCUGCGAGGCGCGUAAUGUCAACUGGAACUCCAUGCUGCGCCGCAGGUCCAAAAGUUCUGUGGUGUGUCUGGAGUGGCUGAUCCCUGACAAAGCGCUCCUUGGGCGGCUGCGGCGCGGGGAGCUGUCUCCUGUGGUGGUGGUGGACGAGAGGAGCAGCUCGGUGUCGGAGCUGAAGUCGGAGAGCCUGGCGUGCAUGCUGCUCAGCGCACUGCUCAGCGAGACCCAGUCACAGAUCUGCUUCUUGCAAGGUGGAUUUGUGGGGUUUUCUGAGGCCUACCCAGAUCUUUGUUCCAGCUCUCACAACAGUCAUUUCUCAGCAGUGGAACAAGCAGCCACAGGUCGAAAUACACCAGCAUAUGACCAGGGGGGUCCGGUGGAACUUUUGCCCUUUCUGUUUUUGGGCAGUGCUGUCCACUCGUCCCGCAGAGAGACCCUUGCAGCAGCGGGCAUCACAGCUGUGCUCAACGUCUCUUCAUCAUGUCCAAACCUGUAUGAGGGGGAGCUGCAGUACCUCCGGCUCACUGUGGAGGACAGUCUGGCUGCUGAUAUCAGGGCCUGCUUCUCCACAGCCAUUGCCUUCAUUGAUUCGGUGAAGCAGAGCGGCGGUCGGGUGCUAGUGCACUGUCAGGCAGGUAUUUCACGGUCUGCCACCAUCUGUCUGGCCUACCUCAUGCACACACAGCGCGUCAGACUGGAUGAGGCCUUUGACUUUGUCAAGCAGCGGCGUCACGUCAUUUCCCCCAACCUGGCGUUCAUGGGGCAGCUGCUGCAGUUUGAGACUGAUGUUCUCUGUCAGGGAUGAAGAUGUGAACGUGCACAGUGACAAAACUGUAGGUGUUGUGCUGAACUCGGAACAUUACCUGGACUCACACACACGUGUGUGCCUUGUGUCAUUUUGAGCCAUAAACCUUUGGAGAAAAGCCGUCUGUGUUGCCACUGUUGCAUGCCAGCUGGAGUUCUACUUUCAGAAGAAAAUGAGAAAUUUGUCCUGAUUCAACACGCAGCAUUUGGCGGCGAAAAUUUCCAAUUAAAUUACUGCAGUAUGCAUAACUGUGAUUCACAGAGAGCAAACUGAAACACCUUGGAUCUAAUUUCCUAGAUAUUAUAUUUAGGUGAAUCAUUCCUCUGUUUGGUUUUGUGUGCAGAUGUGAGUCUUGUUUUGCAUUUUGAAAUAUAUACAUGUGCCUUUUUGCAAAGGCUGUUUUGUUUUCACAAGAAGACAAUCAGUGUCAUGAUGUGUUGUGACACACUGAAUUUAAGGCAGUAAUGCAUAACUCAAGUGUUAUGUCCACUAUGCAUAAAUGCACUUAAUUACAGCUGUCUAAUUAUUCUACAUCCUGAGAUAAAAAUCAUUAAUGAUGGAUUUCAAAGUAGAAAAAUGCCAGGUGCUUUCAUGAUGUAAAUAGAGAUUUUAUUUGUAUUUAUUUUUCAAAACUGUUACGACUGCUGGUACUGUGUUACUAGACUUUAUAUGUAUAUGAUAAGCAAGAACGGACUGAUUCUUGCUGUUUUUCUACCAGAAUAAAACAUGCUGAAGAA